AUGAACUUUACUAAUUUCAUCCUUAUUUUAUUCUGGUUUUUUCGGUUAAUAUCACCUGUCAUUGCUGUAAAGAAGUCCUAUAUUGUGUUAUUAGGAUCUCACUCACAUGGGUUAGAGGUAUCAACAAUAGAUCUUCAAAGAGUGGUUGAUUCCCAUCACAAAUUGCUCGGAUCCUUCUUGGGGAGUUCUGAAAAGGCAAAAGAUGCCAUUUUUUACUCGUAUAAGAACCAUAUAAAUGGGUUUGCAGCCAUUCUAGAUGAGGAAGAGGCCACCAAGUUUGCAAAGCACCCAGAAGUAGCAGCAGUGUUGCCAAACAAAGCCAAAGAGUUGCACACAACUCAUUCAUGGGAGUUCAUGCAUUUGGAGAAGAAUGGUUUUAUUCUCCCUUUUUCUCCUUGGAGGAAGGCUAGAUUUGGAAAAGAUGUUAUUAUUGCCAAUCUCGACACCGGUGUAUGGCCCGAGUCCAAGAGUUUUGGAGAACAGGGCAUAGUAGGAGGUGUGCCAUCGAGAUGGAAAGGAGGUUGCACGGAUAAAACUCCUGAUGCAGUGCCUUGUAACAGGAAAUUAAUCGGAGCAAAGUAUUUCAAUCAGGGGGUAAUCGCGUACUUGAAAUCCCAAAAUUUAACAGAUGAACUCCCAUUGAUCGUCAACUCCACGCGCGAUUACGUAGGUCAUGGAUCCCACACGCUAUCGACAGCCGGCGGAAACUAUGUCUCUGGCGUCAGCGUAUUUGGGUCCGGUAUCGGAACUGCCAAGGGCGGCUCUCCCAAGGCCCGCGUCGCUGCCUAUAAGGUAUGCUGGCCGUUCCACAACAGUGGCGGUUGCUACGACGCCGACAUUUUUGACGGAAUUGAUCAAGCCAUCUACGACGGCGUCGAUGUCCUUUCGCUUUCCAUCGGCAGUCCACCAGCCGAAUACUAUGAUGAUACCAUCGCCAUUGCUUCCUUUCAUGCACUGAAGAAAGGAAUCCCUGUGGUGUGCUCUGCCGGCAACUCUGGCCCGAGCAUGGCGACUGCUACUAAUAUUGCUCCGUGGAUUUUGACGGUUGGGGCUAGCACUUUGGACCGUGAAUUUCAAGCCCCCAUUGAGCUUGGAAACGGGCAACGCUUUUGGGGGUCGAGCCUUUCGAGACCAUUAGCAGGGAGAAAGCUAUACCCAUUGAUAACUGGAGCUCAGGCGAAAGCAACGACCGCCUCUGCCGACGACGCCAUGCUCUGCAAGCCGAAAACUUUGGAUCGUUCUAAAGUGAAUGGGAAGAUCUUGGUUUGCUUGACAGGGGGCUCUUCGAGAAUUGACAAAGGAAUGCAAGCCCGCUCGGAGGAGAGGCGGGGUACCGGAAAUGCAGCGGCGGCAUGUGACUGUGGAAGCAGAAGAGAAAUUGUGGGAAAGGAAGAAAAUGAGAAGGAGAAGGGAGAAGAUGAGCUUAGAGGGAGCCAUUAA